GUAUAAAUGGAAUUGUAGGAGACAAAGAGGUUGAGAGACUGCCACCAGUAGACAUUCUGCAAGCAAACAGAGGGACUGUAUGAAGAUGUGGAGAUUGACUUGUGCCACUUUGACCCUACUCAUUUGUGUCAAAGGUUCACUUUCUCAGUUGAAUGUUUGUGGACAAGCCCCUCUGAACACUCGCAUUGUUGGGGGUGUAAAUGCAUCUCCGGGUUCAUGGCCUUGGCAGGUCAGUCUGCACAGCCCUAAGUAUGGAGGUCAUUUUUGCGGAGGCUCCCUGAUCAGCAGUGAAUGGGUGCUGACCGCAGCUCACUGUUUAUCUGGUGUCUCUGAAACCACUCUGGUUGUGUACUUGGGAAGGAGAACACAGCAGGGAAUCAAUAUUUAUGAAACUAGUAGAAAUGUUGCCAAAUCGUUCGUUCACUCCUCCUACAACAGCAACACAAAUGACAAUGACAUCGCUCUGCUGCGCCUGUCCUCAGCUGUAACCUUCACUAACUAUAUCAGACCUGUUUGUCUGGCGGCCCAGAACAGUGUCUAUAGUGCUGGCACCAGCAGCUGGAUCACAGGCUGGGGAGAUAUUCAGGCUGGAGUGAAUCUACCUGCUCCUGGGAUUCUGCAGGAGACUAUGAUUCCAGUUGUGGCCAAUGAUCGAUGUAAUGCUCUACUGGGUUCUGGAACUGUCACCAACAACAUGAUCUGUGCUGGUUUAACACAGGGAGGCAAAGACACCUGCCAGGGGGAUUCUGGUGGUCCAAUGGUGACUCGGCUGUGUACAGUGUGGGUUCAGGCUGGUAUCACUAGCUGGGGUUAUGGCUGUGCUGACCCCAACAGUCCUGGGGUUUACACUCGUGUGUCACAGUAUCAGAGCUGGAUCUCAAGCAAAAUUAGUCUAAACAAGCCAGGAUUCAUUCUCUUCACCCCGCCAAGCUCAUGCUCCUCUGCCAGCCGAAUCUCAACUUCCUGUAGCGGGAGAUGCAAUGAGGUGUACAGCAUACUCAAUCGCUGCAACUGCAAUGCUAACUGCGCUAUAAAAUGCUGCAAAGAUUACAAACAGCGCUGUGCCAGUUGAAGUAACUCCAUGGAUUCAAAACAGGCUUGUAAUCGCAUUACUUGUGAAUAAGACCUUUACAUGCCUGUUCUUCCAGAAGACAGUACUUCAGUGCUGCUUUUGAAAUGUUGCUCAGUCAGAAUAUCAGUGAAAACAGCAUUUUAAAGAGCUGCUUCACUGUCUUCACUCAGGGGUGUAAAUACAUACUGAUUAUAAUUAAGUUUAUUAAAUUAGUUGAGACUCUC